AUAAGCCGCCCGGGUUCCCGGUACCCUCCUGCCCGCUUCCGGCCCGGGAAGGCGGUUGGAGGCGGCGGGGAGCGGGCGGGUUUGAAUCGGGCUGCGGGUUCACCCCCCUCCCGGCCCCGGGAGUCGCGGCCUGGCUCGGGCCCCGGCUGCGGCUCUGUGCGAGGCCGCGUUGUCAGGGGAACGGGGCAGGCCGCGCUGGGGCCUGGCUGCCCCGAGCUCCCCCCUCGGCCCGGCUCCCUCGGGGUCUGGGUGACGCCGGCCGCUGCCCCGGGCACUGGGGCCGCGGGGCCCGCGCACCGGCCCGGGAGCUCCCCGCGGCUGCUCUCCGGGGCCCGCCAUGAAUUUCUCGGAGGUGUUCAAGCUCUCCAGCCUGCUGUGCAAGUUCUCGCCCGACGGGAAGUACCUGGCUUCGUGUGUGCAGUACCGUUUGAUAGUUCGAGAUGUGAACAACCUCCAGAUCCUUCAGCUGUAUACUUGCCUGGAUCAGAUCCAGUACAUAGAAUGGUCGUCAGACUCUCUCUUUAUCUUGUGUGCCAUGUAUAAACGAGGGAUUGUUCAGGUCUGGUCCUUGGAGCAGCCAGACUGGCACUGCAAGAUUGAUGAGGGGUCAGCAGGAUUGGUGGCUUCGUGCUGGAGUCCGGAUGGUCGUCAUAUUCUCAAUACAACCGAGUUUUACCUGCGGAUAACUGUCUGGUCCUUGUGUACAAAAUCUGUGUCUUAUAUCAAGUAUCCCAAAGCUUGUCAGCACGGAAUAGCCUUCACGAAGGAUGGUCGCUAUAUGGCAUUAGCAGAGAGGCGUGACUGCAAAGACUUCAUUAGCCUCUUUGUAUGCAGUGACUGGCAACUACUGAGGCAUUUUGACACUGAAACUCAAGACCUAUCUGGGAUUGAAUGGGCUCCUAAUGGCUGUGUGUUGGCAGUGUGGGAUACUUGUCUGGAGUAUAAAAUCUUGCUGUACUCCCUUGAUGGCCGUCUGCUGUCCACAUACAGUGCAUAUGAAUGGUCACUGGGUAUUAAGUCAGUUGCCUGGAGUCCCAGCAGUCAGUUCUUGGCGAUUGGCAGCUAUGAUGAAAAGGUGCGUAUCCUGAACCACGUGACUUGGAAGAAGAUUACAGAGUUUGAACACCCUGCGACCAUUGCUAACCCAAAGAUAAUUGUAUAUAAGGAAAUGGAGAAAUCCCCAAGAGUUGAAACAGAGAGCCUUGCUUUCCCUCCAGCCAGAGCGCAAGCCAGCUCUCUCUUCAGCACACAGAGUAAAUAUGACAUUUCCCAGGUACCAGUUUCUUUACAGUAUGUCAAACCAGUUGCUGAUCGGGCAAAUCCCAGAAUAGGAAUUGGAAUGCUGGCAUUUAGUCCUGAUAACUGUUUCCUGGCAACCAAAAAUGAUAACAUUCCUAACUCCAUCUGGAUCUGGGAUGUUCAAAAGUUGAAAUUGUUUGUAGUCUUGGAGCAGUUGUAUGCUGUUCAGUUGUUCCAGUGGGAUCCAUGUCAACCUCGACUUGCCAUAUGUACUGGGAAUAGCAAAGUGUACCUGUGGUCCCCAGCAGGGUGCGUCUCAGUGCAGGUACCAAUGGAAGGUGACUUCCAGGUCCUCUCACUUUGCUGGCACUCUAGGGGGGACUUCAUGGCACUGUUGAGUAAGGAUAAUUUUUGCAUGUGCUACUUGGAAAGAGAAGAGGUAAAAUAAGAGCAGAUAAUGGAACCCCUCGCUCUGCCCCCCAAGGCUAGAAAAGCCUGCCUUGCAAAUGGAUCUUUGAAAAAGUGCUGCUAUAUCUAUAUGGAACAGAUGAGAAUGGGCAGGCCCUCGUUGUUCAGCAGGAAGAGGUUUUAUACUAAUAGAAAGCUUACGUUUGGGGGAGUGUAAGAAGACUCCCUUGGGUGAAGUACUGUGAUAGUUACUUGAAAUGAAGUGUGUUCGACAAAGGAAUUUAGAAAGAGCUCUCUAAUUUUGCAACUAAAAUUGUGGAAACUAGCAGUCUUGAUUUUAUGAAGUUUUAGAGUUCAAAGACUUAAACCUUAUUUUGAACUUUUGUCAAAAUAUUUUCUAAAAUGGUAUGUUUGUAAAUAGUGUAUAGAGGUUAUUUAAUUUGUAUAAAUAUCAAUAAACAUUUUGAUAGCUUCUG